AUGGAGGAUAUCACCACUUUGUACUCACCUUCGACAAGACGAGAGGCUACGCGACCGAACAUGUUUGACUCGAGAACCGUCUCAGAUGCCACAGUGGGACUUGCUGAUGGACUGACUGUGCCCUUCGCUCUCACUGCUGGGCUGAGUGCGCUCGGAAACCCGCAAGUCGUCGUGUAUGGCGGCUUAGCUGAGCUGUUUGCGGGAGCAAUCAGCAUGAGUCUUGGGGGUUACCUUGGAGGAAAACACGAAAGCGAUGCGCACCAUUCGCUUAUCCGCAGCACAUCCAUGACUGUGCAUGAUAGCCCUUCUGACACGGCGUUGCUUGUCCAUGACAUGUUCUUGCCUUAUGCGCUUCCAUCACAUCUAAUCGAUUCCUUGGCCGAUCAUAUCAUCUCGCUACCUGCCAAUCUACAAGUUGAAUUCAUCAUGAACUUCCAUCACAAAAAGUCAACCCAAGAGUCCGACCGGGCUAUUCGCUCGGCCAUGACUAUUGGAUUGGGAUAUUUCGCGGGUGGAGCUAUUCCCUUAUUGCCAUAUGUCUUAGCUGGAAAGGAUUCCACAGUAUACACAGCAUUCUGGUGGAGUUGUAUAGUAAUGGUCAUGGCUUUGUUUGCAUUCGGCGCUGUGAAGAUGCACCUGUUAUCAGACGAACCUUUGCCACAUCAAGAAGGUUUCGGAUCGCAGGAAAUAUGUGCCAGUAUUCAUAAAAAAAACUUUAAACAAUACAUUCGAGCCGGCGUUGAAAUGGUUAUCCUAGGAAGUUUUGCAGCCGGAGCUGCUAUGGGGAUUGUUAGCUUUAUGCAAUAA